GCUGGGGCGUGCGAGGAGGGGUCGGGGAGGGCGACCCGCCGCCUCCCCCCGGGCUGCGCCCUCUCCAAACUUUGUGGCUCCCCUUCCCCGGUGAUGUAUGGAAACUAUACUGCAUUGUGGGUGUCAAUAUAAGUGACGGCCAUAUUUGCCGGUGCCGGCGGAGCCGUAAACAAAAAGUGGGCUGGGGAGCCAGGGCGCGGAGGCGCUCCACCGCAUCGCGGGACCUGCGGGCUCCGGGAGCCGCUCGCCUCCCCGGGCAUGUCUUACAAGCCCAACUUGAACGCCCACAUGCCGGGCGCGUCCCUGAACCCGGCUGGGAGUGUACACUCUCCUUCUGCCAGCAUGGCGGCCUCCACCCAGUACCGGCAGUUGAUCAACGACUAUGGACCCCCAUCUCUAGGCUACACCCAGGGUACGGGGAGCAGCCAGGUACCCCAAAGCAAAUAUGCAGAACUCCUGGCUAUCAUUGAAGAACUAGGCAAAGAGAUCAGACCCACGUAUGCAGGGAGCAAAAGCGCCAUGGAGAGGCUAAAGCGAGGCAUCAUUCACGCUCGAGGAUUAGUCCGGGAAUGCCUGGCAGAGACUGAACGAAAUGCAAGAUCCUAGCCUCCCGCUUCACUUCAAAAGUUUUCCAUUUCUUUGUGAAGAAGAAAGAAUAACACUUACUCCUCUGGUGACUUUCAAAACAUUCGUAUGAAUCCCUUCUUUUUAAAAGUUUGGAUUCUUUCCCUUUUUCUUCCUCCCAUCCCCACCACAGUCUGUAAGAAUAGAAGAAAAGGCAAUUUUGCAGUUAAGAGUUGCGUUUUAAGUAAGUUAGGAACAACCUAGGUCACUUUUUUUUUUUUUAAGCAUUGAGUCCAGAAACUGCAUGUAGAAAGUUCUGCUUAUGUUGCUGCCGACUGUAGUUUACUGCCCUGCUAACCUGCCCCAAUCUUUGAUUUUCUUCCUUUGAGUCCACUUAAAACCACCCAAAUUGUCAUUCUUUUGCACCUUUUCCAGAAUCUCCAAUAACUCUUAAGGAUUUUUUCAUGAGUCAGUGCUGACUGCAUGUUCUCCCUGGCAGUUGGGCAUCUCCCAGUUAGGGCUACGUGAUAGAGACCCUGCUUUAAAAAAUAACAUGGGUUUUUUUCGUGUUUUGUUUUUGGUGUGUGAGCAUUUGCAUGAUUGUUCGUGCUUUGAAGUCAAUUUAAAAUGCAUGAGUUAUAAAUACAGAGGACUGAGCAGCCUACUAAAAAAAUUAAGAACCCAGAUAGUUACUUUUCAGAUGAAGACUAUAGAUUUCAAGUCUUGAGUUUGCCAUAGAAUGAUUAAAAAAAAAAAAUCUGGAUAAAUGACUAAAACU